UUUUUUUUGAGGACAUAUGCUGUUUGGAUAACUCAUACUUGACCUUAAAAUCAAACCCGUCCAACCCAUUAGUCUUGCCCCUAAUAAAAGAUCCAAGUCGAAGUAUGGAUCAGGGUUGGGUUGACCCGACCCAAUGGCGAUCUCUAAAGAGUAAAGAUUUUUAGGAGAUGAUCAUCAUCCAAUAAACUUUUCAUAUCGUCGGUCAAAAUAAUGCUUUAAAAAAAAGAUUCCAAAAAAAAAAAAAAAAAAAAAAAAAUCCUUUUAUGACCCUUUCCAAAUUCUUCUCUCUCCUCAGCUGAAGGUACAUUUUCAUGACAUGUCUCAAAUUCCUCCAUUUCUGCAACUCUCAUAACUCAAAUCACCAUUUCCAUGGCUUACCUAAGACCCAUCUGCUGCUCCUCCAUUUUCACUUCUCAUGCUUUUCUCUCUCUUCACUCACUCACCUACUUCCAAUUUUUUAUUACAACCAUUAAAAGAUUACAUUUUUAAUCCCCUUUUCUUUGAGCUACAAUUCUAAUUUGCCCUUAUUAUGAAUAUUGUCUCAAUUUGAGCUUCUAAAGCCCCUAAUUUUCAUGUUUAAUUCCAGAAAAGAGUGUGCCCAUCUCAUUUUCUUGAUGAUUUGUAGCUGAAAAUGAUGUCAAAAUCAAGUCUUUAGCAUUUAAGAAGGGAUUUUUACUGGGUGCCCACCUUCUAUUCUUGUGAUCUGGCUGUAAUUCUCUUGAUCUCUUUGUUGUUGUUGAAUCUAUAUGCAUUUGGGAGCAAAACCCAUGAUUUUAAUUUUUUGUGUUAAUUCACUUUUAGCUGGGAUUUUAUUGUGGUUUUUAGGGUUUAACAUUGGUAGGUUUCUGGUUUAUCUGGGAAAAUACCCCCAUUUGCUGUAGUUUUAGUUACAUGUUGUUGUAUUAUUUAGCUGAUUGGAAAGAUAAAUUAUUUGGGUUGGAUAGUGUAGAUUUUUGCCCCUGAGAGGUGUAAUUAGGGUUUGUUUGGGGAAUUUGAUUGAUGUUGUGAGGUUUUUUUGGGCAAAUGGCGGAAAACGGUGUAAUUUUUGUGGAGUGGAGGGAAGAAUUUGUGUCUCAGGAGAGAGGAAGCAGGAUUGUUCAUUAUUUAUUGAAAGAUUAUUGUGGGAAAUCUAUACUUGCUGUGGUUGGCACUGAGAGGAGUCUUAGGCACAUGGUUUAUGUUGUUGCUGAGGAUUUUUUGAGUUAUUCUGGCACUGAUAAUCCUGUGCAAGCUGGGUUUAAAUGGAGAUCAAGAAGGGAGGUGGUUGACUGGCUUACAUCCCUGCUGGCCAAGCAGCAACAAGCAGAUUCUCCAAGUGGCGAUUCAACCCAUUCUUUAGGAUCUUCUGAGCUAUUAAGUGCUCAAUAUUUCACUACAGACAAAGUGGAUCGUCGGGUUAAAAACUUGAAGCAAUCCUACUCAGAUGUUAUGUGGAUAGGUGCUGCAUGGACUUGUGGAAAGCAGCUAAAACACUACCCAGCAUUUUGCAGGAAUGGCACUACAAUAGCGGUUCAAGCAUUUGUAUUUGUGAUGGCUAAAGAGGGAAGUCGCUAUGUUGCCUAUCUAGAGGACAUGUAUGAAGAUAAGAAGGGGAUGAAGAAAGUUAAAGUCAGAUGGUUUCAUCACAGUCAAGAAGUGAAGGGUAUAGUUCGUAUACGGAAUGCUCACCCGAAGGAAGUUUAUAUUACACCUUACACGCAGGUGAUAAGUGUUGAGUGUGUUGAUGGUCCUGCUAUAGUCUUAACCCGUGAGCAUUUUGAAAAAUGCUUAGAGGGCCUUCCAGAGGGUUUGCUGGGAAAGCUACAUCUUUGCUGUCGUCAGUUUAGAAGUAACAAAAUUAAACCAUUUGAUCUUAGGAAAUUGCGGGGUUAUAAUAAUCAGCCUGUUAUUUCUUGUUUAGAGUCUGAUUCCUUUCUGAAUUCUGACUCUGUAUGCCGUGGGGUGAUUGGGAAUAAAGUUAAGAUGUUUGAAUCAAAUGAUAAUGGGGCAAAAGGGACUAAGAGAACAAGGAAUUAUGGGGACAGAGAAAGCUUUUUGACAACUCAUGGUGCGGAAGGCUUUGAAAGGAAGAAAUUUAUGCGUGGACCAUUUUCUAAGAAUGGUAACAUUGAUGGCGAUAAGAGGUUGUUUUCUUCGAAGAAUGGGGAAUUCCAGCGGUCACACAUCCAGUUUUUUAAGGUAGAUGACAAAAUAGAGCUACUGUGCCAGGACAGUGGCAUUCGAGGCUGUUGGUUUAGAUGUACUGUCUUGGAGAUAUCUCGAAAGCAGAUGAAGCUCCAAUAUAGGGAUCUGGAGGACCAAGAUGGAUGUGGAAACCUUGAGGAAUGGGUUCCAGCUUUUAGGAUGGCUGCACCAGAUAAGCUUGGCAUGCGAUGUCCUGGACGACCUACAAUCAGGCCUUGUCCUCCCAUCAGCGAUGCUGUAGAUGUUGAAUUUGGAAUCGGAGCUCCUGUGGAUGCAUGGUGGAGUGAUGGCUGGUGGGAAGGUGUUGUAACUGUAGUUAACAGUGUCAGAGAUGAUAAAAUACAGGUUUAUGUUCCAGGUGAGAACAAGUAUUUAGAUGUACCUAGAAAGGAUCUAAGAGUUUCCCGAGAUUGGUUGGGUGGAGAAUGGUUUGAUGUUAAGGCGAAUCCUAAUAUACUUUCAGAUAUCAAUGCUGAAACAGUACAACCUAUAGUCUCAAUCCUCGGGAAGGAAAAUGCUGCUGAUGAUUCUGCCCUCAAAAUUAAAGAUGAUGAAAAUGAGGAUAACUUAGUUGACUUGCCUGCUCCAGCCUCUUCUGUUGGCCAUGCCGAACAAAUUUCCUCUUCAGACAAAGAUGAUCAUAAUGCUGGUCAUCAUGUCAAUGACAAAAGUGAUGAUGUCAGCUUGCAAGACCAUGUCAAAAGUGAUGAUAUCAGCUUGCAAGACCAAGUCAAUGACAAAAGUGAUGAUGUCAGCUUGCAAAACCAUGUCAAUGACAAGAGUGAUGAUGUCAGCUUGCAAAAUUUGUGCUGUGAUGUUGAUGAUCAGAAAAUCGUUGACGAUGAAAAUGAUGGUAGUAAGGAGGGUGAAUCAGGUACCGCUGAUGUGGAAACUGCUGCACAGGCUGAUUUGGAAACUGCCGAACAGGCUGAUGUGGAAAGUGCUGCUCAGGCUGAUGUGGAAACUGCUGCUCAGGCUGUUGUGGAAACUGCUGCACAGGCUGAUGUAGAAACUGCUGCUCAGGCUGAUGAAGUUUUGGAACCCACAGGUGUCGCAUAGAGGCUAGAGCUGUUCCUCAAACAAUUAUUGUACAAACUAGUGUAGAUUUCCUGUAGAGAGCAAGAGGUGAUGUUGAUGGCAUUUGAUCUUGCAUUUGAGACAAUACUCCCAGGUGUACAGCAAUUAGGUGAGUCUUCCAAAUUGGUUUUCUUAGUUAAAUUCCUAGGAACUGCCUUGGAUCAAAUUCCAGCUGUUAUAGAGUACCUUUUGAGUGAAUUAGAUUUUAUGUUUCCUGUUGUAACGUUAAGGUGAACUUCUAGUUUGUAUGAUUUAAAGUUGUAGUGAAAUAAACUUUCAGGCACCACUUUAUGUUUGCCAUUGUUGGUUACUCCAAA